AUGGCUUCCCUUAGCGUUCUCACCUUUGACACUGAGGGUCAGGCGGUGGACUUUGAGGUCUGGGUAGAUGAUCUGCAGCUUUUUCUGCAGUGCGAUAGGGCUGACGGUCUCUCCCUGUUUGACCUCACUUCUGGUGCCUCCCCUGCCCCUACUGCUGAUGCUGACGCCACUGUUUACUCACAGUGGGCCACACGUUAUGCUGCUGCUCGCCUUGCUGUGCGCCGUCACUUACCGACCACUGAGCAUGCACACUUUAGCCAGUACAAGAGUGCUCAGACCUUGUACGACGCUGUAGUUGCACGCUACUCUUCCCCUGCCACUGCAGCACUGAGACGCCUCAUGCUUCCGUUCCUCUUCCUUGACCUUGCUGCCUUUCCCACUGUCGCUGACCUCAUUACGCACCUCCGCACUCGUGACACUCGCUACCGCGCUGCGCUUCCUGCUGAGUUCUGCGCCAAGAACCCCCCCCCUAUGUACAUCAUCCUCUACUACAUAGUCAUCCGGCUCCCUGACUCUCUCCGUGUAGUCAAGGACCACUUCCUCUCUGUUUGCCCCACCAAUCUCACCGUUGACCUCCUCGAGAAGGCCCUCCUAGCGAUAGAGAAGAGCAUAGUCGCUGUAGGAGCCUCUCGUGGUGACCCUCCCACCCCCGUCUUUGAGGGGUGUUCUCCCUCUCCCCUCUUGCCCUCUGUCGCCUCUGCUGCUGCGGCCGACCUCGUUGGUUUCGAGUCGGCCGGCGCUGCGUCUGCCCCGAGCGGGAGACGCCGCACCGGCAAGGGCAAUGGGGGCAAGGGCACUGGAGGGGGCGGUGGAGGUGGUGGUGGAGGUAGUGGAGGGAGUGGGGGUGGUAGUGGGAGUGGUGCCAGGGGUGGUGGCGGCGGCGGCAGCAGUGGAGGCGGCGGAGGCGGUGGAGGUGGCAGAGGGAGCGGAGGCGGCGGAGGUAGUGGAGGAGGCGGAGGUGGAGGUGGCGGCGGAGGCGGCGGAGGCGGCGGCGGCAGUGGUGGAGCGAGUCGCGACUCUGCGCCGAGGAGUGGCUCCGGUGGUGGUCAGCGCCAGCAGGAGCAGCGGAGUGGUGUGACCAUGUCCCCUCAGCAGCUUCGUCAGUGGUACACUGCACGCCAGCGCAAUGGGGGUUUUGGCACUGCUCCUACGUUCUCCGUACCGGCGACCGCACUGGCCGGGGUUGCUAUCUUUGAUCUUGACUUUGAUGCUAUUCUUGCUGCCAUGUAUGCUGUUGCUGAUAGUGUUGAGGGUGCCUGUUACCUGUGUGUACCGCAUGACCCGGGCAUUGAGGCUGCUGCUCUAGAUGCUGGUGAGUCUGCUCUCUCAGGUACUGCUUCCGCUCAGGCCUUCCACACCUUCACCCUGGACUCGGGUGCAUCCCGCUCCUUCUUUCGAGACCGCACCACUCUUACGCCGCUUAGUCGGCCAGUUGCAGUCUCCCUGGCAAACCCCUCUGGGGGUCCUGUCCUUGCUAGCUUCUCCACUGUCCUUCCGUGCCCUGCACCCCCCUUUGGCACCCUGUCUGGUCUCUACCUCCCCUCGUUCUCUACGAACUUGCUAAGUGGAGCGGACCUACACGAUCGAGGAGUUGACCAGUUCACUCCUGUGAGUCAGCGAGUGACCCACUGCACGUGUGCUCGGACAGGCCGACAGUUGGCCACGUUCACUCGUCAGCCAGGGUCGAGCCUAUACACCCUUACUGCUGAGUCUCCUCCUCCUGCUUAG